AUAAAUUACUUGCAUAACUAGGAUUUUCAUCAGGGAGGAUGGAAUUUGAACUCUCAAGACCAACUGAGAAGUGAAAUAACAGAAAUUUGACUGCCCAGUGUGCAAUGGAUGGUGCAGGAGCAAAGGGAAAUGCCAGUAAAUACCAGGGAGUGGAAGGACAGUCACAUGCAACUUCUCUAUCAAACCCACUGAUGAGUGAUUUCGUUUCAGACUGGUCUCCCUUACAUGAUGCCUCUAUCCACGGGCGUUUGCUUGCUCUGAAGAAACUCAUCAAUCAGGGGAGCAGUGUUAACCUCAUUACAGCAGAUCAUGUGUCUCCUCUCCACGAAGCCUGCUUAGGGGGCCAUCCUGCUUGUGCUAGUGUCCUAUUAAAACACGGGGCUCAAGUGAAUGGAGUUACUAUUGACUGGCAUACUCCUUUGUUCAAUGCCUGUGUCAGUGGCAACGUGGCCUGUUUGAAUCUAUUAUUACAGCAUGGAGCCAGCCCACAUGCACCAUGUGAUCUGGCUUCCCCUAUCCAUGAAGCUGCUAAGAGAGGACAUAUUGAAUGUGUCGAAUCCCUCACAUCCAAUGGAGUAAAUAUAGACCUCAACAUCAAACAUCUGGGUACUCCGCUUUAUGUGGCUUGUGAGAAUGAGCAGGUAGCCUGUGCCAAGAAGUUACUUGAAUCAGGAGCAAGUGCAAAUGGUGGCAAAGAUCUGGACUCUCCUCUCCAUGUGGCUGCCAGGAAUUCCAACGCUGACCUGGUGCACUUGCUGAUUGACUUUGGAGCAGACGUGAGAGCUAAGAAUGCAGAAGGCAAAAGGCCAGUGGAGCUGGUUCCACCAAGCAGCACUUUAACACAAAUAUUUGUGCAGAAAGAAGGGCCCCUGUCCUUGAUGCAGUUGUGCCGCCUGUGCAUUAGGAAGUGCUUCGGACACAAACAACAUCAUAAAAUAACUGGACUUCUGCUCCCGGAUGAGCUGAAACAUUUUCUCCUCCACAUUUAA